UUAAACAUGUAGGAUGCGACGUCCCACGAUGACCCGGUUACCUCGCGCACACGAACAAAAUCCAUCGUUUUGUAUCGAGUAAAAACAGAGAUUCUUCUUCAGUUUUGAGCAGAUCAGCAGGGAAACAAUGUUCUGCCAUUCAGGUUUGUUGGCUUUCAGUCCCCUGCUCACAGUCUGCAUAUCAAGAUACGGAUGGCGGAAUGCUUUGAGAAUUAUAUCUGGUGUGAUCCUGGUGUUUGGUGUAGCUUUUGGGUCAGUUCUAAUUGACCCACCGACAGACGAAAAUAUAGAAAUAAUGAAACCAGAGGUUGUUCCUUUGACCGAAGAUGCAUGCGUGGACAUCGGUAACAAUCUCCAAGUAAUGAUAGAUAGAACUCCUGAGAAUCAGAGCUUGUGUAAAGAACUUAAAGAAGAACAUCAUGAAGACUUGACUCGACAGAAACAACAGAAGAAAUGUUGCUUCUCAUCAGACCACUACGAGGUGCUGGAUAUGAUGAAGAGUUUUGAACCCUGGGUUUGGAGCAUAGGACUCACACUUUCUCUAAUGGGAUGGACAUUUUUCAUCAUCAACUUCGCCAGUUUUAUGGAUGGGCGUGGUCUGAACAACGACCAGAUAUCCCUCGUCAUUAUGCUCUUCGCUGUUGGGGAAAUCGUUGGCAAAGUUUCGAUCGCUGCCAUUGGGGACAAUCUUCCAUUCCAGCGUAUUUACGUCCUUGCUGCGUCCAUGCUUCUCGGUACAGCUGCGUUGUCUUUCAUGGCGUUUGUUUAUACGUUGGAGCAGAUGAUAGCAUUAGCAGUGGCGUCCGGGUUAAUAAGAUCUCUCCUGUAUGGUAGCUCAAAUGCUAUCACAGCAGAUCUGUUUGCCGAUAAGUACAGCAGCAAUGGUGUGACGAUACUGGGAAUGUUUCCUUUUGGUCUAGGCAUGUUACUCGGCACCCCACUGUCCGGUAAGAAUAGUAGACUUUCUGGGACGAUAGGUGGCAGCAGACCUACCGGGUAAAUCCAUUGUUCUCAGAAUAAUGCGCUGGCA